UUCCUAGAAUUGGAGCUUGUGGAGCAUUAACACCAGCAUGGACCAGUUGGGCCAAAUUGCCUGUUUCUGUGCUGGUUAUUCCAACAGAAUGUCUGACCUGGAGAACGCAAUGGUCACAAUUAUUGAAACUUUUCACAAAUACAGCGGGAGAGAAGGGGAUAAGCUGAAGUUGAAGAAGGUGGAACUGAAGGAGCUCAUUAACAAUGAGCUCUCCAACUUCAUUGGUGACAUUAAAGACCAAGAGACCCUGGACAAGUUGAUGGAAAGUCUGGAUAGUGACGGUGAUGCUGAGUGUGAUUUUCAGGAGUUUGUUGCUUUCGUUGCUAUGACCACCGCAGCUUGUCAUGAGUUCUUUUUCCCAGAGGAUGAGUAAAUGGACUAUAUGACUGCACAAUGGCACUGGAAGCAAAUCUCAGAGCAGGGUACUGCCUAUGUAGACACUGCAGAAGUAAUAAGCAGUUCCAAGCAAAACACCGUUUUGCAAACUAACCUUCACCUCUGUGUAGUUGUGAAGAAGCCCAUUAUGCUGCAUAAUGCACAGGGUUUCAGCUCCAGGUACUGAUGAACAGCACUAAUUUGGAAAGCAAUGUAACACAAGCGAGGCUGACGAAGAUUGUGUAAUGCCAAAAGUUGUUUAAUCAUGUAAAGAAUUAACAAUACCUCUUAGUGUAGGCGAUAGACUGAAUCAGUGAACAGUUAAACAUGCUUGUAAUGGAUCUCUAAAUAAAAUGAGUCACUUUGGACAACGGCA